AGAGAGAGAGAGAGAGAAGCAAGGUGCAGCUUCCCACACUGCAGCCGCGACGGGCAGGCUGAUAGGAGCUGGGUUUAAACGCUGGUAACUGCAGGCCGUAUCACACCUUCAGCUCGGCAGAUCGAUACGGCAGCGGCGGAGGAGCAGCAGCUUCUCCUCAGGGUUCGGAGGAGAAGAAACCAGACGCCAGCAUCACACGGCCGACAGCGACAUCACUUCCUGCGCUCGUCUCACUCGGAGAAGAAAACUGCUGACUCUGUGAAGACAUCAUAAUGUGCUAAAUGCUAACUCUCCUCCUGGGAGGUUAAACUGCUGAAGAAGAGAGGGAGGACUCCUAUUGGCUCUUUUCUGAAGAUUUGAACAAAUCAGCAGUUCGGAUUGGAAUCUAAAGAUCCUCCAUCUUAAUAAAGACCCUCCACCUCAGCUAUGAUGUGCGGGUGCGGCGUGGUGGUGAUGUGGAGCUCUCUGCUGGUCCUGAUGCUGACGUUCCUCGGAGCUGAAGCCCUCCCAGCUCGUGAUGCUAAACUGGUGAGGACCACCAGGUUCAGACGGCAGACCCCCGACGACCUCCAGAGCAACCAGACGCAGCCAAUGAUCUUCAACCACAUCUACAACAUCAACGUUCCGCUGGAGUCCCUGUGCUCCGUGGAUCUGGACUCCAGCUCGGACUCCCCGCCCCCCGAUAAACUGCCCACCGAGUACACGGAGCAGACCGCCGACUCCGACAGCCAGGUGACCUUCACCCACCGCAUCAACAUCCCCAAACAGGCGUGCGGCUGCCCCGCCUCCACCUCCGCCAUGCUGCAGCAGCUGGCCAGCCGGGUGGAGAUGCUGGAGAGGGAGGUGUCGAUGCUGCGGGAGCAGUGCAGCGGCGGAUGCUGCGGAGAGAGCUCUGUUGUCGGUCGUCUGGACUUUGUCCCGCAGUGCAGUGGUCACGGGACGUUCAGUAUGGAGGUGUGCGGGUGUGUGUGUGAGGACGGCUGGACGGGGAAGAAUUGCUCGGAGGCGAGGUGUGUGGACGACUGCUCGGGGCAGGGUGUGUGUGUGGAGGGCGAGUGUGUGUGUGAUCGGGACUUCGGGGGGGAGAACUGCUCGGAGGCGAGGUGUCCGGGGGACUGCUCGGACCGCGGGCUGUGUGUGGACGGGGAGUGUGUGUGUGAGGAGGCGUACUCGGGGGAGGACUGCUCGGUCAGCCGCUGUCUGAACGACUGCUCGGAUCAGGGCGUCUGUGUGAACGGGACGUGCCGGUGCAGGACGGGGUUCCUAGGGGAUGACUGCUCGCGCCUCUUCUGCGCCAACAACUGCAGCCAGAGGGGGGCGUGCCGGGACGGGUUCUGCACCUGCCAGGAGGGGUACGCCGGAGACGACUGCGCUGCAGUGGCUCCUGCGGUGAACCUGCGGGUGCAGGGCGUGACGGAGCGCAGCGUGGACGUGGAGUGGGAGGGGUCUGUGGUCGUGACGGAUUACCUGAUCACCUACGUUCCCACGAGCCCUGGCGGAGUCCAGCUGGAGCUGAGGGUGGAGGGAAACGUGACGAACACCACCAUCAGAGAGCUGGAGCCGGGUCUGGAGUACAGCAUUAACGUCUACGCCGUGAUCAAUAACGUCAUCAGCGUCCCCGUCAGCGCCCUCGUCUCCACCUAUCUUUCGAAUCCAGACGGUUUACUCUUCAAAUCCAUCACGGAGACGUCUGUGGAGGUUCAGUGGCAACCCUUCGACUACUUGUUUGAUGGCUGGGAAAUAAGCUUCAUUCCCAAGGAUAAUGAUGGAGGAAUGACGGCUCAGCUCCCCAGCACCAUCACCUCCUUCCAUCAGACUGGAUUGAAGCCUGGAGAGGAGUACACCGUCAACCUGGUGGCUCUGAAGGAUCAGGGGAGGAGCCAGCCCGUCACCGCCACGGUCACCACACUAAUCGAUGGACCGACCCAGCUCAUAGUCCGUGACGUGUCCGACACUGUGGCGUUCGUAGAGUGGACGCCGCCCAGAGCUAAAGUGGAUCAGAUCGUCCUGCGUUACGGAUUAGCCGGAGAUGACGGACCCAAGACCACCUUCCGCUUGGAGCCGACUCUGAGCCAGUACUCCCUGCAGGUCCUGCGCCCCGGAUCCAGAUACGAGGUUUCCGUCAGCGGAGUUCGAAAGGGCAACGAGAGCGGAUCCAUAUCAACUGAGUUUACUACGGUUUUUUCGUUUUUCUCAGAAAUCGAUGCACCGAAGAACCUGCGGGUGCUGGAUAAGAGCUCCACCACGCUGGACCUGGAGUGGGAGAACAGCGAGGCGGAGGUGGAGGGAUACCGGGUGGUGUACAGCACUCUGGCUGGAGAACAGUACGAUACGGUCAUAGUGCAACGUGAUGAAGGGGCCACCACUAAAACCACUCUCACUGACCUGCAGCCAGGUACAGAAUAUGGAAUUGGAAUUUCAGCCAUUCUUGGCACCAACCAAAGCAUCCCAGCCACCAUGAACGCCAGGACGGGUCUGGACGUCCCGAUGGACCUGAUGCUCACCGACUCCACAGAUAACACCAUCUCUCUGCUGUGGGGGACGGUCCAGGGACCCAUAGAUCACUACAGGGUGACCUACACCUCCGCCAGCGGCGUGACCACCGAGGUGACGGUGCCCAAAGACCUCAACAGAACCACGCUGAGCGGCCUGGAGCCCGGCACCGAGUACACCAUCACCGUCACCGCCCAGAGAGGCAGACAGCAGAGCUCUGCCGCCACCAUCGACGCCUUCACAGGAUUUCGUCCGGUGACUCAGCUGUAUUUCUCGGACGUGACGGCGGACUCUGUGGGCGUGUCGUGGAGCUCCCCGGCUCCGCCCGCCGACGCCUUCAGACUCACCUACAGCAGCCUGGACUCCGGAGACGAGUCUGAGCUGCUUCUGCACGGCUCCAAAACCCGCGCCGUCCUCACCGGCCUGCUACCCUCCCGACAGUACAUCGUUACGCUCAUUACCGUCCACGGAGACUCCGCCUCCGACCGCAUCGCCAGCCUGGUCGUCACAGGUAUGGAUCCUCCGAGAGAGAUAACGGUGUCGUACGUCACAGAAGACUCAGUGACCAUAUCCUGGAUCCAGCCUCUCGCUCCAUUCAAUUACUACAAGAUGUCGUACCAGUCUGCUAAAGGUCGAGUGGACAGCGUGGUCAUAGACAAGGAGGCGAGUAACUACACCCUGACCAGCCUCCACCCGGCGACAGAAUACGAGAUACAGCUGAACGCGGUUCGAGGAAGCCAGGAGAGCAGAGUCAUCAGCACCAGCGUCUUCACAGCGAUGGACAUGCCGAUGGAGCUGACCGCCCUGAACGUCACCCCCCAGGGGGCGCUGCUGCGCUGGACCCCACCGCUCUCCAGUGUCGACAACUACGUCCUUACACUAACCCGUAACCAGGUAACAGCGGAUACGGUGCUGGUAGACGGGAAUAAACAGGAUUAUCAGCUGAGUCAGCUGGUUCCCAGUACUGCUUACUCAGUGGCUCUCUACGCCACCAAGGGCCCUCUCACCAGCGGCACCGUCAUCUCCAACUUCGUCACGCCCAUGGACGCUCCUCAGAACCUGACAGCCAGCGAGGUGAACCACCGCAGCGCCCUCAUCUCCUGGCAGCCGCCCAUCGCCGACAUCGACAACUACAUGCUGACCUACAAAUCAUUCGACGGCAGCCGGAAGGAGCUGAUUCUGGACGCUGAGGAUACCUGGAUCCGGCUGGAGGGUCUGGCGGAGACCACCGAGUAUACCAUCAGACUACAGGCAGCCCGAGGCCUGGAGACCAGCGCCAUUGUCUCCACCUCCUUCACCACAGGUAAUCGAUUAUUCGCCAUGCCUCAGAACUGCGCUCAGCACCUGCUGAACGGCGAGCUCCUGAGCGGCGUCUACACCAUAUACAUCAACCGAGACCCCAACCAGGGCGUGCAGGUCUACUGCGACAUGAGCACGGACGACGGCGGCUGGAUCGUGUUUCAGCGUCGCCAGAACGGCCUGACUGAUUUCUCCAGGAAGUGGAGCGACUACAGGACGGGCUUCGGGAAUCUGGAGGAUGAAUUCUGGCUGGGUCUGGACAACAUUCAGAAGAUUUCAGCUCAGGGUCGUUACGAGCUCCGCAUCGACAUGAGGGACGGCCAAGAGGCGGUUUACGCCAACUAUGACCGAUUCUCCAUCGGAGACACCAAGAACCUCUACAAGCUGAGGAUAGGAGAAUACAACGGCACCGCAGGUGAUUCUCUGAGUUAUCACCAGGGCCGACCCUUCUCCACCAAAGACCGAGAUCACGACAUCGCCGUCACCAACUGCGCCCUGUCCUACAAAGGAGCCUGGUGGUAUAAGAACUGCCACAGAGCCAACCUCAACGGCAAAUACGGAGAAUCCAGACACAGCCAGGGCAUCAACUGGUACCAUUGGAAAGGCCACGAGUUUUCCAUCCCUUUUGUGGAGAUGAAGAUGAGACCCUACAACUACCGCAGCAUCAGCGGCAAGCGGAGGAGGUCCGCCCCCCAUUAAUAAGCCCCUCCCCCUCCCCCUGUAUUACUUAGCUGUUCCUAUUUUUACAUGCGGUGAGGAGAAGAGAGGCUGUGUAAACUGUUUAAACUGUUUAAACUUUAGGAGAACGUUGAACAGAGAUGAUGAGAAGAUCCCCUUUUAUGUAGAACCUCGUUCACAGGUGCGGUACGGUGUAAAGAUUACGAUGAGCGACUGCCGAAAAGAGUAAAAACAACCUACAUUAAUUUUAAAACACGUUAGAAAAGGGUUUUAUUUUAACUCCUUUGAAGAAGAAAGUUUUAGAAGAAAACAGACACCCAGAAAAAUAAGAGACUUCUAUUUUUGUAACUCGUGAAAAAAAAAAAAGCAACUGUACAAGCUGUACAAUGACUAAUUUAUGCUUAAGACUUUUACACUUAUUUUAUUUCGGGUCGGAAGCUGAUUUUCGGUCACAUGCUUUCAGUUUGUUUCACCAUCUUAAAUGUGGAAUAUUUUAAGAUUUAAACAUUUUAAAAUAUUAUUAAUUACGUCGCUAAAAUAACAUAGUUCUCUCCUAAUCAUUAUAAAACACUCGUCUUUCUCUCUAUCGCGCUUUUUUCUGCAUUGAUGGUAUUUUAUCUUUAAAAAACCAAAGAAUUAAGAGGGGAAACAUCUGCUCGAGUGAGAUGAACAGAUUUUAUACUGGGAAUCACUUUUAAGAUUAAAGUUUAAACGAUAGCUUAAAGGAUUUUGAGAAACUGAAUUAAAUGCCAUCAUUGCAACUCAUGGGGAAUCCCAGACAAUCUGGCAACCGUAUAUUUCUGAUUUCUCAUUACUUACAGUGCUUACAUUACUGAAUGUGUUCAUGUUUCUGUGCAUGUGUCUGCUGUAUGUUGGGGGUUAAAAUGAGCCGGUAUUACAGUCCCAGUGUUUUAAACUCAUUAUUACACUGAAUUUAAACCUGUUCUUUAGUAAAGUUGAGAAACACGUAACUGAAUAUGAAUGUCAUCUCUAUAUUAGACUCUAUAAACAUGCUCAAAACAGAUUAUAAUGCAUUUAUUAAGGCAUAUAAGGCAUUAUAAAAAAAAGCUCUGGAAAAAGAUAAGCACUUCAGUUUCUGAAUCAGUUUCUCUGAUUUUGCUAUUUAUAGGUUUAUGUUUGAGUAAAAUGAACAUUGUUGUUUUAUUCUAUAAACUACAGACAACAUUUCUCCCAAAUUACAAAUAAAUAUAUUGUCAUUUAGAGCAUUUAUAAAGUUUUAUGAUUUCAGAAAUCAAUAUUUGUUAAAAUAAACCUGGUGGUUUUUAAUCACAGUUUUUUUUUCAUGCAUCUUGGCAUCAUGUUCUCCUCCACCAGUCUUACACACUGCUUUUGGAUAACUUUAUGCUGCUUUACUCCUGGUGCAAAAAUUCCAUCAUAUAUAUAUAUAUAUAUAUAUAUAUAUAUAUAUAUAUAUCCUUGUUUAUAAUAAGCCUUAUGAAUGCAUUAUAACAUGUUAUGAAUGUGUUUAUAGAGUCUAAUAAAUGUGACAUUCCUAGAAAGUGUUAUCGAAAGUUAUUUUUAUUUUUAAUUCUGUUUGCAGAACAGAAUUAAUAAAGUAGUAUUUAUUUUAUUUUAAUCUCAGUGAGUGAUUAAAAGGUUAUUGAAUGGCCUAAUUUAACUCGGUAAACGGCUGUUAGCAGUGGUGUAGCUCUGCAGCGUUAGAAUUAGAAAUGAGAACUGUGUAGAAUUGGGUCAUUUAGGUCCAGAAAAUAGAAUUUAUCCACUGGAUUUUGUGGAUUUUUAUUUCUAGACCCAAAUUACCCAAUAACUCUAAAAAGCGUACAUCACAUUUACCAGCUGUUUGUCUAAACACUCUCUUUAACUUCUUUAACGUCACACGUUGUUUUAUCUUACAUUUUAAAAUCCAUCCUACUGAAACGUAAUCAAGUCUGUCUUUUUAUUUAAUUCUAUUUAAUUUUAUACUAGUUUAUGUACUGAUUCAUGUUUCUAGAUUAACAUCACCUCAAUACGUUUUGUAUAAAACUUUAAAAUAUAUUAGAUUUUCAGAUCAUUUCUAGUUAGACGUCUGUAAUUUACUGUCUUUUACUACUUUUACUACUUCAGUAGUAAAUCUGAGCCACACCGCCGUGAGAUUUCCUUCUUUAAAACUGUAAAAACUCUUAAAAUCUUAAACUUUUACCUCAGAUCUUAUCUGUAACGUCUCUGUCUCACCAGCACAUUUAUAUCAUUUCACCAUUUUCACAUUUUUUCACUUUUCUCACCCAACUAAGCUGCAAGUCUCGAGCUAAGCUAAUGUAUUAAUUCUGUUUUAUUUUAUUUUUUGUUUUAUUUCUUUAAAAUUUAAAUAAUUUUAUAAGAUACUGAACCCAUGCCGAUCCUUUUGGAAUAUAUAUUUUAUUUGAUUAUAAUAAAAUUAGGAAUAUAAAACAUGUUUAAUUUCACUCCCCAUUGCUCUCCAUGUUCACAAACACACACACAUACACACACACACACACACACACAUAGACCAGUUUCUGCUAUUAGUGUAUUAUAAUCCAUUAAAAUUAAAUGCAUGCUUUAUUCAAUUCUGAAUUCAGAUCUGAAAGACAAUCAAAAGGAAAAAUCAAAGAUAAAAUGAUCAGUGAUGUAAAUGGAUACAUUAGCUUACCUUAAAAACGACAUAUAAAAAAAUGAACCUCAUCAUGUUUAAACAACAGCCAUUUUUCAAUCUUAUUUUAUUUACGUUUAUCUUAAUUUUACACAGAAUCCCAAGUUUUUUGGGGAUGGGGUUGUAAUUGGCAAACCCUAAUUAAAAAAAAAACAAGGCUUGUGCUUUUCACCAUGAAUAUAUAUAAAAUAGAAUAAAUCAGCUUUUGAUUCAAUUAAUUUCUUGAAUCACAGUCUCUAAUAUUAUGCUAACGCUAAGCUAACAGCAGAGCACCUAUUCAGACAGUUAAACAGGGAGAUUGAAGUUUUUGUUUUUGAGAUAUUCCAUGUUUUCUUAAAUUUUUUUAGAGUAAUCUAGUGGUUUAAAAUGUUGCCACUAUGAUCGGGUAAUCGCUGGUUUGCCAUCAGCUGCCGGAGACCUGAGAGAGCACACACAGUUGACCUUGCUCUCCCUGGGUGGGUACAGUACAGUAGAUGGUGCUCUUUUGCUCUUUCCCCUCAUCACUCCUCCUAGGGUGAUGUGGAUCAGCACAAGGCUGCGUCUGUGAGCUGUUGUAUAAGAAACCGAGUCGCUGUGCUUUCCUCCAAGCGUUAGCACUGUGAUGCUACUUGGCGAAAAGGGCUCGAGCAAAAACAGCAGCCGCAGGUAAUUCGCAUAGCGCUCUCGAGGACACCAUUUCCUUUUUUUUUGUGAUUUGUGAUCAUGAGAAGUAAAUUUACCCACACAAAAUGUUAAAACAUGCAGGUUAUUUUUUUUACCUGGUAUUUUUCAGCCCCUGACUUUUGACAUUGAUGUGACGCCAUAAACCAGCCGUUUAGCCCAAACCUCAUUCCCAGACAUCAUUUUUUUGCUUGAUUACAGUAGUUAUUUCUGUUGGUGACUGAUGGGUCAACUGGGUUCGGCUGGUUCCCGUUAGGAUCAGUGGUUUGUUUAGCAGACGGUGUUUCAGUGCAGAGAAGCAGCAGCAGAUUUCCCUCCAUUAUUAAUACGGUCAGCAUAUGGUAACGGCUCUUCACUCUCCUCAUUCCACAUUUCAGCCCAAGACUCGCCCACGGCAUCAAACUCAGAACUGUGUCACUCAGAGAACUUCUUCCAGAGAACUUCCAGAGAAGUUCCAGAGAAGUUCUGGUUUUCUCAUGAUAACAAUACAGACUAAACCAACCUGAACUGGGUCUUUUAAAAGCAGCCUGGCACAAAAACAAUGCUUAAAAACUAUUAAACAAGCAUCUCAGUACACAAGGGGUGAAAUAUAUCUGAAAUAUAACUCUCAGGAACCCCUUAGGAUCUCAACAAGAUUUCGGAAAAUUAGCCAUAGAACAUAUUUGAUUUAACAUUAAAUAUUUAUCUAUAUUUAUCCUUUAAAUAUGUGUUUGGAGAAAGUGGAAAUAAUUUAAGUAAUAAACUCAGUAGUAGCAGUAAAAGCUCACUUUUUACUUAAAAUUAAUCUUAAACUGUAUAAAUGAGAAUUGUAGCUCCCAGCUCCCCCUUAUGCCCAGUCCCUAAACCCAUACAUCACCCAGUGCCCCUGCAUUUUUAAAUUUGGGCUGAGGGUGGAGUCAGAUAAAAUCAGAGGGUUUAGUUUUACCCUUUAAGCUGAAUUAAAUCACAGUUAGCUGACGUUUCUCACUUUAAAUCUUCACAACAGUAGUGCAGUACAGGGUUAUUUUUUUUUGUUUGUUUUUUUUUUGCACGAUAAAGUGCUGCACACAUGCUUAAAGGGUGUUUUCAUACUUAAAUAUGAAAUAACACUUGAUUAAAUGAGUCCAAAAACCCAGAACAGAAUCUGAGCUUGUUUGGGGGAGGAGCUUAUUGUUUCUGAUUUGUUUUCACACAUAAGAACAGCAUAGUGGCGCCCCCUUUUGAUUUUUAGGGAUUUUUCAAGCUAGUUGCUGGAAACACCAGGCUGCUUUUGGGAAACUGGUCCUGGUUAUUGUCGGCUAUUUUUAACCCUUUCUUUUCCUUUUUUAAGGGCUGUUCUGAUCAUUCCUCCUGCACUCGUUCCUUUUUUUUGCUCAUUUCUAAGACGUUAUAAAUUAAAAUCAUGCAGUUUCCUGUAAGACCAUGUUGCAUCUUUCUGUGGGCGUCUCUCUGUAUCUGCUGAGAGUUUAAUAUUGCAUGCUAUGAAGAGGAGAGAUGUGGGGGAGGGACGGCUCUCUUUAACGCGUGUCUCUGUAUUAGACUAACUGCAUUCUGUUGGAUAACCCUUGAUAUUAAUGUUACAGAACAACUUAGCUCUAGUUUGACUUAAAAUGUGCUGUAUAAUUCCUUUUUUAAUACAUUUUCUACUCAUUAAUAAAAUAUUCUAAAUAUA